AAAUACUUUGUUUGUGUUGUGUGUAAUGCGCGGUUACGUUUACGAGAUGGCUUGACCUGUUCUGCUGGACGCAGUGUGCUUGAGUGGUUGCUGUCCUCGUAAGGAGCUGCACGCAUAGGUGCAGAUGGCAAAGAGGGGCGUGUGAUGGUAUGCCAGGUUUAUGAGGAAUAAGGAACGAACACGAAUAAAGUUGUAGGGUGAUACCUAAAAAUGAAAUGUUAGACACACGCCCUCAUUUAAAACGCUGCAAGGGAGUGCAGAGCAUGUUAUGACAUCAUUAGUCUUCCAAGGCGAAUGUUCCUACGCAUAGUUGUGCUCGUGUGUACUACCGCUCAUAGCAGAUGACAUACUGAUUCGUGCGCAUUUCUUUUCAGUGACGGGCUUGUCCUCAUAAGGGCACAAUGCUACAGGAGCAAAAAAAAAAAAAGAAUGCGUCACCCUACAUUGUCCACGCAGCUAUUGGCCAGCAAGGGCAAGUUGUUGGGGGCAACUGUGAAUGCCCUGCUGGCCAGGUUGCAUGCAACCACUUGCUAAGCAUGCUUCGCAUGGUUGCCCUGCUCCAGUCUAAAGGCUUCUCAGAAGCACCUGAAGACAUUACGUGCACUGAUUUGCCACAGCAAUGGCGGGUGCCACGUGGAAAGGUCAUUAAGGGCAGCUCUGUUCAAGGGAUUGACUGGAGGAGCGUCAGAGAAGGCGGCCUGAGUGUCCCAAAACUUGCCAGGCCAACAGAGCGGCGAGUGAACCCACGCACGAAGGAAGAACAAGCAGCUGCACAAAAGAAGCUUUGCCGCAGCAUACUCGCAAGAGAUGCCAACAAUCCAUUUGCCCGAGGGCUCUCGUUGACGCCGGGGCAGCCGUAUAAAGAAACCAAAUACGGCCUGGCUCCAGCCUCAUCACCACUUGCGUACCAGCAGGCACUGCUGCCUCACGGAUUUAGUGCGCAGUUGUCCGGCAUUACACCGGUGUCACUUGCCUCCACCCAGCUGGUGCCGACUCUGGACCUAUUCAAGGAUGUUGAGCCUUGGAUGCCAGCUGUUCACCAAACAACCUCUGGAAUUCUUGAGAAGGUGAGAACAACCAGGGAGUCAUCUUUGACACUGGAACGUGACACAAGGCAGCAGUCGCGUAGCGCAACUUGGCAGAAGGAGCGGGCUCCAAGGCUGACGGCGUCAAACUUUGGUGUCGUGCUUGCGAGGCAGCAGUGGUCAUCAAAAGGCCUGCAAGCGAUCACAGCUAGCAGAGACCUCUCAAGGGUGGCUCCUAUCAGGUACGGCAUCUCCAAUGAGCCCAUAGCUGCAAAGCGCUACGAGGAAGUGCUUCAAAACAUGGGUCACGACGUCACCGUUGCGCACUGCGGCCUGCUGGUCAACCCUGCCUUUCCUUGGCUGGGAGCAUCACCUGACAGGCUCGUGUAUGAUCCCGCAGAAGGCUCAUAUGGGGUACUCGAAAUUAAGUGCCCGUAUAGCCUCCGUGAAAAGAAGGGAGAAGAACUUGCCACUGCCACAUUCUGUAGCGAGCUGACUGACAGUGGCCCAAGGCUGAAGAGGGAGGACUACUAUUAUGCACAAUUAGUAGGCCAAAUGGGAGUUUCUGGGCUGAGCUGGGGAACUUUGUAGUGUACGGAAAAGAUUUCAUUUUAAUUGAACGAAUUCAGCUGAACAAAGCUGAGUGGGAUGGAAUGAGAGACCAGCUGAACUACUUUUACUUUAAUACUCUGCUGCCGUUUAUGGAAACUGCUGAGCAAUGAGUCUGCUAUUUGGCAUGUAUGCAUUCAAAUGAGUGCACUUUGCUGCUAUUGUCAUUUGCACGCUGUCACAUGAGAACACUUAGCGACACUUGCCAGCCAGUGCAUUUGCAAACGCUGCGUCCGUCCAGCCUGAGUAGCAGUUGCUCAAAAAUAAGAAAGCGGAGUCAGUAGUGUUGUUAACCCGUCAUUUUCAUUGUUAGGAAUGCCGUUACUAAAAUGUUCUACAGUUGAAACUUGAUUUAACGAAGUGAUGACCACUCACAAAUUACAGCUGAAACUUGAUUUAAUGAAGUGAUGACCGUGAUCAAAAUUUUAGUUAAAUUGCAUUUGGAACUAACCCAAGCUUGCGCAUGCGGAAAGUCCGUAAGGGUGGCCUGGACCCAGAGCCUUCUAUGUCUGUACGAUGAAGGUUCGGUAGAGAGUUGCGUGAAGCUGACAGACAGCCAACAUGCUAAGAUAGUGUGGCAAGCGCUGCGAUAGUGUGGGCAGGCCGAGAAAAAAUGUUGCGUGGAGCCGAUCAGCACUCUUGGUCACAUAAACAGAAGUAGAUGUAAAAAGAUGCACGCAAUACCACUGCACAAAAGUGAGCAACGCCUUGUUGACCGGACAAUGCACCGAACUAAACACAAGCCCACAUUGGCAGACUGCCUGCAUUUCUGGCAAUUGACGAAAAAAAUGAGGUAGUGAAGUAUUUAGCUAAACACCAGAUAAACCUUCAAGUAAAUUACUCGUUGACUUUGUCAUGUUUAAGAUUAAGAAUACUCGCAAAAAAUAAUCGACAGAGUUCUUGCUUUUCAUCAUUUGCCCCACUUUGCUUAGCUGUGCUUCAAAAGUCUUAUGCCACAUGUUGAUGCGUGUGGCAGUAGGUCUUUCACUGCUUUUUAUUCCAACUCUCCCGACCGAGACAAAUUGACCUUGGCAUAAACCAUAAAAUAAUAAAAGCAACCGCUGUAGUGUUCCUGUGAAAGCAGUUAUGGGGAUUAUAAACCACUG